GGUCAGAUGUCGCGUCCUAAUGAUAGCGCCACCCUUAGCCGGGGGACGUUUGGACGAGUCAGAAGCCUAGGUGCAAGUCACUCCGAGAAAGCCUUUAGACAGUCCAGCCUAGCCCGGCACCUAGACGGCAGAGAGUUGCUGGUUUUCGAGAACAGACCGAUCAACCCCAACAGCUCGGCUCCCAGCAAUUAUUUUUUGGACGACAUUGGGAGCUCAUCUUGAGUUGACUAGAGCUUAGAGCAGACACGGUGAAGGAUACAACCAGAAUUACCUCAUUGUUGAACAUUACUCCUGCAUCACGACAACUCGCCAAGCAAUUCACGCGCGGAAAUCAAACGAGCUCCCGAUCGCGUUCGGUUGACCCGACGUACACCAGCCAAGAUGGCGUCCAGAGCCAUGGUCCCGUUUCUGGUGGCCAUGAUGUUACUGACUGGUGUUUGUAAUACACUGUUGACGAAGUACCAAGACAACCAGUGCGUCCGCAACUGCGAGGACCCUGACCCCAAGAAGCGGGUACACUUCGAGCAGCCCGUAAUCCAGACGGCGCAAAUGUUCGUCGGUGAGAUGGGCUGCUGGCUGGUCAUCGGCCUCAUGUCGCUCCGCGAACGCUACAUGGCCAGGAAGCAGGCCGCCGGCUACGAGGCCGUCCGUAGCUCCGAUGAUGUCCCCGACGCCGACGACGCCAGCGUACACUCGACCACGGCCCUCAACGGCACCGGCGCUGGCAAGCCCGUCCACGCCCAUGACUCGAUGCUUGCAGGCAUCCGCGUCUUCCUCCUUGCCAUACCCGCCAUCUGCGACAUUUGCGGCACCACUCUCAUGAACGCCGGUCUGCUCAUGGUGGCCGCCUCUAUAUACCAGAUGACCAGGGGUGCGCUUGUUCUCUUCGUCGGCUUGUUCAGCGUCGUGUUCCUCCGCCGCAGGCUGCACCUCUUCCAGUGGCUGUCCCUGGUCGGUGUCGUCACCGGCGUCGCCAUCGUGGGCCUCGCCGGUGCUAUAUACCCGGACAAGGCCAAGCCAGGCUCCCCACACAGCGAAGUGGUUCCCACUUCUACCCCCUUCCAGGCCGCUUCCACCGCGGAAGGCGGUCUGGAUGCCAAUGCGCUGCGCGCCGUCGUCGGCGUGCUCCUGAUUGCCGGUGCCCAGAUCUUUACCGCAACCCAGUUCGUGGUCGAGGAGUGGCUUCUCGAGCGUUCGACCAUCGAGCCGAUCCGCGUCGUCGGCUGGGAGGGCAUCUUUGGCUUCUCCGUCACCGUCCUGGGAAUGAUCGUCAUGCAUCUCGCCAUCGGCCGUACCGAAACCGGUAAAUAUGGGUACUUUGACAUGGUUGAGGGCUGGCGGCAGAUGGUUGAGAACCCCAGGGUGCUGAUUUCCAGUGUCCUCAUUAUGAUCAGUAUUGGUGGAUUCAACUUCUUUGGACUCUCGGUCACUCGCACCGUCAGUGCCACCUCGCGCUCGACAAUCGAUACCUGCAGGACCCUCUUUAUCUGGAUAGUUUCUCUCGGACUCGGCUGGGAGACUUUCAAAUGGCUGCAGGUGCUUGGUUUCGGAUUCCUGGUCUACUUCACCUUCCUCUUCAACGGCAUCGUCCAGCCUCCUUUCAAAUUCCUCCAAGUCGAUGAAGAGAUCGAGGAGCUGCUGCCCGAGGAACCUGUGGAGCACAUUUAAAGUCCCCUGUUCAAAGUUUACACCGGCAUGUCGUGCCGGUAUUUGGGGACCAAGAUGUGGGCUUCGAGCCAUGCGUGCACUCUUCAAGAGACGCACGAUUUUUUCAUAUGUUUGUUUCCUCGUCUCUCUUUGGGAUAGGCGUUCAUCGGGUCAGGGCGUUGACGGGUUAUGUAUGGUAGUGUUUUUACUUCGUACUUUGGCUGGCUAGAUUGGCACAUGAUUGGCUAUAAUUCAGCAUUUUCCAUUUUAACCUUCGGAGUAUCUUCUAUACGUACAAAUUAUGAUGACAUUUGUGACUUGUACAAAAUACCACAUGAUGUCCAUCAUGAUCC